ACCUCGUGUUUCCUGCUCCUCCCCUCAGAUGUCUUACUGCCAGCACAUUGGCGUGGAGUUCAUGUUCAUCAAUGACCUGGAGCAGUGCCAAUGGAUCAGGCAGAAGUUUGAGACCCCGAGCGCCAUGCAGUUCACCCACGAAGAGAAGCGCACCCUUCUGGCUCGGCUUGUCCGCUCCACCAGGUUUGAGGAGUUUCUGCAGAGGAAGUGGUCGUCCGAGAAGCGCUUUGGGCUGGAAGGCUGCGAGGUUCUGAUCCCCGCGCUGAAGACCAUCAUCGACAAGUCCAGCGAGAGCGGCGUGGACAACGUCAUCAUGGGUAUGCCUCACAGGGGCCGCCUGAACGUGCUGGCCAACGUCAUCAGGAAGGAACUGGAGCAGAUAUUUUGUCAGUUUGACUCGAAGUUGGAAGCCGCGGAUGAGGGCACCGGGGACGUGAAAUAUCAUCUGGGAAUGUACCAUCGGCGAAUCAAUCGGGUGUCGAACAGGAACAUCACUCUCUCUCUGGUGGCGAACCCCUCCCACCUGGAGGCUGUCGACCCCGUGGUACAAGGCAAGACCAAAGCUGAGCAGUUUUACCUCAGUGACACCGAAGGCAAGAAGGUCAUGUCUAUUCUCCUGCACGGCGACGCUGCGUUUGCGGGACAGGGAAUAGUCUACGAAACCUUCCACCUGAGUGACCUGCCCUCGUACACCACCCACGGGACGAUCCACGUGGUGGUCAACAACCAGAUCGGCUUCACCACAGACCCACGGGUGGCCCGCUCCUCUCCGUACCCGACGGACGUGGCCCGGGUGGUCAACGCCCCCAUCUUCCAUGUGAACGGCGACGACCCUGAGGCGGUGAUGUAUGUGUGCAAUGUGGCCGCGGAGUGGCGGAGCACCUUCCACAAGGACGUGGUGGUGGAUCUGGUCUGUUAUCGCCGUAACGGCCACAACGAGAUGGACGAGCCGAUGUUCACGCAGCCCCUGAUGUACAAGCAGAUCAAGAAGCAGAAGGCGGUGCUGAAGAAGUACGCCGAGAAGCUCAUCUCCGAGGGAGUGGUCACGCAGCAGGAGUUUGAGGCGGAAAUGGCCAAGUAUGACAAGAUCUGCGAGGAGGCCUACACCCGCUCCAAGGACGAGAAAAUCAUGCACAUCAAGCACUGGCUGGACUCGCCAUGGCCUGGUUUCUUCACCCUCGACGGGCAGCCAAAGAGCAUGAAGUGCCCCUCCACGGGCCUGAGCGAGGAGACACUGGCGCACAUCGGGAACGUGGCCAGCUCCGUGCCAGUCGAAGACUUCACCAUCCACGGAGGUUUAACCCGCAUCUUAAAAGGCCGUGGUGAGAUGGUGAAAAACCGCACUGUGGACUGGGCCUUAGCUGAGUACAUGGCCAUUGGCUCCUUGCUGAAGGAGGGUAUUCAUACCCGGCUCAGUGGGCAAGACGUGGAGAGAGGAACGUUCAGCCAUCGCCAUCACGUGUUGCAUGACCAAAACGUGGACAAGAAGACUUGUAUUCCCAUGAACCAUCUGUGGCCGAACCAGGCUCCGUACACCGUGUGUAACAGCUCUCUGUCCGAAUACGGCGUGCUGGGUUUUGAGCUGGGCUUUGCGAUGGCCAGCCCGAAUGCGUUGGUCAUGUGGGAGGCUCAGUUCGGAGACUUCCACAACACCGCCCAGUGCAUCAUCGACCAGUUCAUCAGCCCCGGCCAGGCCAAGUGGGUCCGGCAGAAUGGCAUUGUCCUGCUGCUCCCUCACGGCAUGGAAGGAAUGGUAAGCUUUUCAGGGAGGGUGGCCGUCGACCAGCACUCUCCCCCCGCCCCGGCUGUAGCUGAAAGAACAUCACCGCCCCUGACAAACUGACCGCCUGCUCUGUGU